AUGUAUUCUUGGAUCCCUCUUUUGGCUACCUUUGCGCCUCAGGCGUUGGCGUCUUGUGCUUAUGGAACUCAUCUUCAUCGAAGAGCAGAUGCUAUUGAGGCGCCCAAGUUUGGUUACUCGGCUGCUAAUGGCCCUGCCAAUUGGUUCAACCUAGACCCCAAGGCCAACGCCCUCUGUGCAACAGGCUCUCACCAAUCCCCCAUCAACCUGUCCAAGGGCACAUUCCAAACCAUCUCCCCCGAAGACCUCCACAUCACCAUCCCAGACUUUCACGAGGGCGCCGAAUUCGAAAACCUCGGCAGCACCGUCGAAGUCGUAACAGAAGACCUCGGUGGCAGCAUCACUCUUCACAACAAGACCUACCACCUAAAGCAAUUCCACUUCCACUUGCCGUCUGAGCAUUUGGACAAUGGAACGAGCAUGGCUAUGGAGAUGCACAUGGUUCAUCAGAGCGAGGAUAAGCAGCUUGCUGUGAUUGGUGUUUACAUUGAUUUGGAUGAUGGGGCUUCGAAUGUUACCCGCAAGGGGUACAGGGGUAAGGGUUGUGAAGCCAAGAAAUCCACUGUUGCUACCACUGUUCUUGACUCGGUGGAUGAGAUUGCGACAUUGGGUGAGACCACUCACACUAAGCCUCUCAAGAUGUCCGAGAUCGUCUCUCUUCUCAAGGAAGGCGAGUUCCAAUCUUACUCUGGCUCGCUUACCACACCGCCCUGCAGCGAAGGCGUAACCUGGCUCGUCUCCACCCAAAAGAUUUCAAUUCCUACAAAGACAUACCUCAAGGCUCGGGGUGUCAUUGGAUACAACGCUCGCUUCCCUCAGAACUCGCCUGGUGAGGAGAAUGUUUUGAGUAUGCUUGCCGAUGAAGUGGAUGAUAAGUAA